UUAUGGAUCCCACUUUUUGUCUUUAUACAUUUGAAAAAAAAAACUCAUUCCUUGGAUGUUCUGUUGAGUGCACUUCUUUACAAUCUCAAAAAAGAAUCAAAAUCCUUUUCAUGUUAAAUGAAGAAGAACAAGUCUGAGAUAGGAAUUCUUCAUUUAACACUUUCAUUUCAUCUUCUUUCUUCUAUUUAUAUGCAAUUUAGCAACUUAUAUUUAUGCAAAAGUGAAGGAAAAAAAAGAUGGACACAAAUAAUUUCAUUAUCUUUGUAUUAAGUACAAUAUUAAUUGUCCUAAUAAUUUCUCCAAAUCACUGUUCUGCUCAAUUAAAACAUAAUUAUUACAGCAAUUCUUGUCCAAAUGUUGAGACAAUUGUACGCAAUGCUGUGAAGAAGAAGCUCCAAGAGACUAUUGUCACUGCUCCUGCCACUCUUAGACUCUUCUUCCAUGACUGUUUCAUCAAGGGAUGUGAUGCUUCUGUAAUAUUAGCAUCUCCUAGUGGCAAUGCUGAGAAAGACUCUGAGGAUGAUCUUUCACUUGCCGGAGACGGUUUCGACACCGUGAUCAGAGCCAAAACCGCCGUUGAAAGGGUGCCGGGAUGUAAGCAUAAGGUUUCUUGUGCUGAUAUAUUGGCCUUGGCUACUAGGGAUGUCAUAGUAUUGAGUGGUGGACCAAAUUAUGGUGUGGAAUUGGGAAGAAAAGAUGGGAAGACCUCUACAAAAGCAAGUGUUGAGGGUCAUCUUCCUCUUGCUCGAUUCAACUACAAGCAACUCAGGAAAAUGUUUGCUUCUCAUGGCCUCUCUCAAGUUGACUUAAUUGCUUUAUCAGGAGCACAUACAUUGGGGUUUUCACAUUGCAGUCAGUUCUCCAAGAGAAUCUACAACUACAAGAGCAAAAGCAGCAUUGACCCAAAACUUGAGCAAGGAUUUGCAAAAGAACUGCAAAAACAAUGCCCAAGAGAUGUAGAUCCAAGAAUUGUUAUUCCCUUAGACCCAACUUCUCCUUUUCGAUUCGACAACUCGUUUUACAAGAACCUUCAACAAGGGAAAGGUCUACUUGCAUCUGAUCAAGCUUUGUAUACCACAAGAAAAUCAAAAAGGGUUGUUAAUGCAUUUGCUGCUAAUACUACAUUGUUUGAACGAGUUUUUGUUGCUGCUAUUACAAGGCUUGGUCGACUUGGGGUUAAAACUGGUAAUCAAGGUGAAAUUAGGCAUGAUUGUAGGGUAGUCAAUAAUGAUUAGUAGUGAAUUCUUCUCUAGUUCCUUAGAUUAAUUCAAUUCUUAGAUAGACGAUCGAGUCAGAUUAUAUGGUUUGUAUGUUGUACAACUAUUCGAAUAUGAUUUAUGAGCAGUGUAGAUCACAAUAAAUGCCCUUAGUGAAGUACUAAUGUUGGAUCUAAUCCUUUUAUAGUUUCAAAAGAUUUUAUGAUGCAUAUCGCAAGAUAUCAGUGUUUGUUGAACAUCCAGAGGAAGCGAAAGAUCAGGAGGAA